AUGGCCAUAAAGUCUAAUAAAAGUUUUUACUGUUCUAUAUGCAAAGCAAACUUCACUAGAAAGGAACAUUUGGAUCGCCACCUUAGAUCACAUAAUGAUGAAAAGCCUUUUGUAUGCUCCAACUGUGGCAAAGGUUUCGGACGGAAAGACUUACUAACAAGGCACAACAAAUGUGGUUCUUGUCUGAAGAGUAGUCAGCAAAUACCUUCAUCUAUUAAGAACGGAUUACAAACACCGAAAAAAGUCCAGCGGUGCCAGUCGGCAUGCCAAGCAUGUAUAAAUUCGAAAUGUAGGUGUGUUAAGUCAAAUGAUGAUAUCGACUCUUGUGAUAGAUGUACAAAGCGAAACAUACUCUGUGUUUCAAGAAAAGUUAAGAAGUCAAAUUCUCAAAAUAAAACUGAAGUUCCACUCUCUGAAGCCGCCGAUGAAGAUAAUCAGGACAAAGAUUUUGAAUACGUAGCAGGAGCCGAGACUCUAUUAAAAUUGUCAAACUCAAGAAGCAUUCCAAAUAAAGCACUGGUUAUAAAGGAUGCAAAUUUCACACAAGCAACAAAAAGCAUCAAUUUAACAUAUCCAUCUAACCCUGCGAACUCGAUUAUGGGUAACGGGUCAGGAAAUAUUAAGAAAAUACUGGAAACUUCGCCACUAUGUAUUAACGCUAUUCUUUCUCCUGCAGAAACUUUCUUUGAAAAUAGCAAUAUUACUUCAGAACAACUGGAACGUCAAAAUACAUUCAUGAACAACCCAACUUCUAGAAUUACUAGCAUAUUUUCAAUAUCCCCGGGGGCUGACAAAUCUUCUUUGGGAUCGAGCAUAAAUCAAAAUAAGCUGAUGGAAAAUUCUAAUACUUCUAACAAGCAAGAUGACGAUCUAUUUUCAGAAGAGACUACUAUUACUAAAGAUGCGAUAUUUCCAAACGGUUCCAAUUUUCUCGAACAUUCAUAUGAUCAGACAGCGAAUGCGAAUUUGCCUGAAUGUAAUGAACAAGAGCAUUCAAAAAUACAAAAAGCACCAGCUGGUAUUGAUGAAGAAACUACUGCAAAUGAAAAAAAUAGUAAUAAAGCGGAUCAAAGCGAACAACAGGAAGAUAUUAAUGCAUCUAAUAUCACGCAAGCCUUUUCUUAUUACGGGAAUGAACAAACUGAUCAUGUAUCAGAUACUUCCCCUGGCUUAGAUUUAAUUAACAAAUUUGAUUUCAAUGGUGUGCUGAAUUCAAUUCGAGACAUAUUGCAAGCAGUGGAUGAUAAAGGUGACUCUUUUUCAGAUAUUUUAGACAACUGGAUUUAUGAGCAAAAAGUGAAUAACGGUGAUGAUACUAAUUUAGAGAUGUUUUUUAAUUAUGAUGACCUUGAAUUUAGUAUUCCAGAUAACAUUUUUCUUUCCAAUGGGAAUGAUAAAAACGAUUAUAUUGAUAAUAAUGGCGGGUCUUCUAAGAGUCCUUAUAACUUAGGUGAUAACGAAAGGAGAGAGGCAAGGGGCUCAGUGUUUUCUGAUUCAUCAAUAAUUUGGAAAUCUCCGCGACAUGAUAGCUCUUCGAAAGAUGUAAGGCCAUUUACAGAUAGGAGAGAUAAGAUUCUCGAUUAUUCCAGUGUUACGAUAGAUCAAAGCUCAGAUUUAUUCAAAAGAUUUGAAAUCCUUCCCGAAACAAGAGAUGCCAUAUUAAUUAUGUUAAGUGAAACUCAUCAGAUGCAAUUUUGGAGGGAUGGUGCCAUUGUACAUCUUCCUUCGGUUGAUAAGUUAACGGUACUCAUAAUUAAUUAUUUUCAAUAUUUUCAGACCCGCUACCAGAUUAUACACAUGCCAAGUUUCAAUCCCAAUUCAAUCCCAAUAGUUUUGUUGAUAACAAUCUUAGGCACUGGAUCUUUUUUUUGUGGAAUAGAAAAUGAAACUAUGAAAAAAACAGGGAGAUAUUUACUAGAGAUAUCCCGAAGAAGACUCAUACUUGAAUUUGAAGAGAAUAAUUCCAAAAUUCGCCACAUUGAGCUUCAUCAAGCUAGCUUGAUAAAUUACAUUUGUGGAUCUUGGUCGGGAAUUGAUAGAAAUGUAGAAAUUGCUGCGAGUUUUACAUCAACAAUUGUAACAAUGAUCAGGAGAGGUGAAUUAUUCAAAAGAUAUACAUACAAGACUCUUCAAUCUAUUGUAGAGGAUCCAAAACAUUCCACUGUUGAAACAAAAUGGCAGGCUUGGAUUGAAAUGGAAUCUAAAAAGAUGUUAGUCUUUGUAAUGUUUUUUUGGAGUGCUCAGUUUUCGUUAUUAAGUAAUAAUCCAUACUAUAUUACAUAUGCUGAGUUAGAACUCCCAUUGCCUCAUUUAGAAUCGUUGUGGAAGGCUUCAACUGCAGAUGAGUGGUUCAAGGUAGUGAAGAUCAUAAAGAAUAAGAAUUCGCAACAUUAUUCUCAAAAUAUGUCAUUCCAACUGUUAAUCGGCUCUGUUUUGUCCUCUAUUUACUCUCCUGCUAAGAGUGUUUCACCAAAGUACAUUCCUGAUAUUAUUAUUGGAAGUUUAAUUUCAACAGUGAAACAUUUCAUUUCAGAAAUUAAUGACAGACUGAGUUUCACGAAUUGCAUUCCAGGAAUGACUGAUAACAAGAAGAGGAAAAGGCACCUGUUAUCACUAGAUGCCACAUUUCAUCUUUCCUAUUUAACAAAUAGAAAAGCCGAGAUUGAAACCAUGUUAGAAAGUUUAGAAAGUUUUAUCUCAAAUAAUUCUUAUAAUGACAAGGUUGUAUUUAAACUUGAGAUUGAAUAUUCUUUUAUUUGCCUUCAUUCUUGCGUUAAAGAUUGCAUGAAAUUUGCCGGCGUUGAUGGUGAAUACGAAUCAAGACAAACUCUACCUCGGUUAAUUCAAUGGUUUAAACGGGAUUCUGCAAGAAUUACAAGUUGGCACUGUGCCCAGAUUUUGAGACUUGCUAAUUCUGCUAUAACUAAAAAGAUUUGUAAGUAA